AUGGCUUGUAACAUAGGUGGGGAUUAUAUUUAUAUUUUUAGCCUUGAUGCUUCAGAGUGUGUUACAACCAGCUAUUAUGUUGCAAGAGUUUCAGGAAUAUAUGGUAGUGACAAUAAGCUUUUGAGCAUGGUUUGUGAACGGGUUAAAUUGGUUGACUCAGUUUUUGUAAUAGGUAGUAUUAUUACAAGAAAAAUGGUGUCUGGAUGUUCAAGCACUUCAUUAGUGGCAUCUCCUAAAAAACAAUCAAUAAAUGAAGUGAAAUCUUUAGACAUACCAUCACUAAGACUGAUAUUGAUGGAGAAUGAACAUUUUACAAGUCCUGUAUCUGUAGCCUACAGGAUACAAGUGUUGAGGAAUAUACGAUCACUACUUUGUUAUGAAGAUUUGGAAGCAUCCACAGCUUCUUGUUCUAGCCAUCUUCUUAAACUAAUCGAUCUAGCGAAGAGUAGUGGGCAGUUGAUACAUUUUCUUUUACAGAGGCGGGUACAAACUAAUAAAGAAAAUGAGUUAUGGUUUGAUAUUGAUAGUCAGCUUGUUAGGUUUUCAAUGCACGAGUUUGUAUUGAUUAGUGGCUUUAAUUGCGGAAAAUCCAAUGACCCAAACUUGAGUAGUCUAAGAAAGAGUAAUAGGCUUAAAAAAGAGUAUUUUAUGGACAUAGAAGGACACAUUAAUCUUACAGAUUUGGAAACUAUGUUUGUGGAUAUGAGUGAAGAAAAUCUAGUAGGGGAGUUGAAAAAAAAGAAGAAAUACAUAAAGAAAAAUCGGGAUCAUUUGAGACUUGCUUUGCUUUAUUGUUUGGAAGGAGUAAUGCUUGCACAUGAGCUUCCACAACCUAUAGGGGAGGAAAACAUGGGUAUUGUUGAGGACUUUGAUGUCUUUAACAAAUAUCCAUGGGGUAGGUUAUGCUAUAAUCUCACAUUAGAUGGUUUAAAGACGAAUUUGAAGAAAAAGUUCGUUAAGUACCAAAAUAAGGUUUGGAUUUAUGAAGCAAUAUUUUUACUUGGAAAUUUAUUUGCAAACCAAAAAGAAGGAAAUGUGACUCCUCGUUGCUUACAUUGGGAAGCAAAAGAGCCUGACUACAAAAAGAUUAGUCAGGCAUUGAAGCUUGCUCAUGGAAAAAUUGGCGUACAUAAUAUCCUCCAUGCUUCUGAGUUAGAGAAGUGCCAACCAUACAUGAAGGAUUUUGAGUUAUUGAAUGAUAAAGUCAAUGACUUGAUUGAUACCUUUGUUAAAAAACUUAAGGUUUGCAGUCCUAUUUUGAGUGAAUACAAUAAGGAAGAAGAGAAGGUUGAUGUUCCAGAUGAUAAAAAAUGUGCCCUUCAGCUUCAAAUGUCAAUCCAAAUCAGAAUUCGGGCAAUGUGA